AUCAGCGACAUGGCCGACGAAGAGGCGUGCAUGUUCGCUCUGCAGCUGGCCAACUCGGCUGUGCUGCCGAUGGCGAUUAGGACAUCCAUCGAGCUGGGCCUUCUGGAGACUCUUGUGGGCGCCGGCGGGAAGUUGCUGACUCCCGAAGAGGCUGUCAAGAAGCUGCCGUCCAAGGCCAAGCACCCGGACGCGGCGUCCAUGAUAGAUCGCAUGCUGCGUGUGCUCGCCUCGUACAAGGUGGUGACGUGUGAGGUGGAGGAGGGCAAGGACGGCAGACUCUCGCGCCGCUACGGCGCCACGCCGGUGUGCCGGUGGCUCGCCCCCAACGAGGACGGCGCCUCCAUGGCCCCGUUCGCUCUCCUCACCCAGGACCGCGUCUUCAUGGAGGCGUGGUGCCACAUGAAGGACGCGAUCCUGGAGGGCGGCAGCGCGUUCCACAGGGCGUUCGGGACGUCGUGGUUCGAGUACGCAGGCCAGGACGCGCGCUUCAACCGACUCUUCAACGAGGCCAUGGAGCACCACUCGGUCAUCCUCACCAAGAAGCUCCUCGAGCUGUACAAGGGCUUCGACGGCAUCGGCACCCUGGUUGAUGUGGCAGGCGGCGUGGGCGCCGUCAUCCACGCCAUCACCUCCAAGUACCCGAGCAUCAAGGGGAUCAACUUCGACCUUCCCCACGUCAUCGCCGACGCCCCGCCUUACCCCGGCGUGGAGCACGUCAGCGGUGACAUGUUCAAGAAGAUGCCCUCCGGCGACGCCAUCCUCAUGAAGUGGAUCCUCAACUGCUUCAGCGAUGACGAGUGCGCCACCCUGCUCAAGAACUGCUACGACGCGCUGCCCGCCCAUGGCAAAGUCAUCAACGUCGAGUGCAUCUUGCCGGUGAACCCGGACGCCACCAACGGUGCGCAGGCGUUGAUCGCCGUCGAUUUGAGCCUGCUCGUGUACAGCCCGGGCGGCAAGGAGAGGUAUCACAGGGACCUGGAGAAGCUAGCCAAGGGCGCCGGCUUUACCGGCGUCACGGCCACCUACAUCUUCGCCGACUUCUGGGCCAUGGAGUACACUAAGUAG